AGGGGGCAGUUAACGAGCGAGGAGGGGCUUCCGGGAGGGGUCUUCAGCCCUUCCGGUCCGGCCCCUUUAAGGGGCGGGGACAGUAGGGCGGGCGCUCGGAGCGUCAGGGCGGCGCUAAGAUGGCGGCGGCGGUCGAAGGGUCCGGGGCGGCCGAGGUCCCCAGCUCGCUGCUGCUCGUAGUAGGCGGCGAGUGCGGGUGCCGGGGGCUGCUUGCCUACGUGCUGGAGGAGCUUGAACGAGGCAUCCGGUCUUGGGACAUUGACCCUGGCGUCUGCAGCCUCGAUGAGCAGCUCAAGGUCUUCGUGUCCCGGCACUCAGCCACCUUCUCCAGCAUUGUGAAAGGCCAGCGGAGCCUGCACCACCGUGGUGACACCCUGGAGACGCUGGUCCUCCUGAAUCCAUCAGACAAAUCCCUGUGUGAUGAGCUCCGGAACCUUCUGCUAGACCCUGCCUCUCACAAGCUGCUGGUGCUGGCGGGGCCCUGCCUGGAGGAGACAGGGGAGCUGCUGCUCCAGACCGGGGGCUUCUCACCCCGCCACUUCCUCCAGGUCCUGGGGGACAAAGAGAUCCGGGAUCUCCUGGCCUCCACACCCCCGCCUGCAGAGCUGCCCAAGCUCACCAUCACCUGCCCGACCUUUGGUGACUGGGCCCGGCUGGCCCCCGAAGUGCCCGGCCUGCAGGGCAUGCUCCAGCUGCGGUUGAACCCUCCGGUGCAGCUGCCGGCUUCCGAGGGCCUGCGCGAGUUCCUGGAGUACGUGGCCGAGUCCCUGGAGCCGCUCUCGCCCUUCGAGCUGCUCGAGCCUCCGGCCUCUGUGGGCUUCCUCAGGCUCGCCCGGCCCUGCUGCUACAUCUUCCCCGGUGGCCUAGGUGAUGCCGCCUUCUUCGCCGUCAAUGGCUUCACUGUGCUGGUCAACGGCGGCUCCAACCCCAAGUCGAGCUUCUGGAAGCUGGUGCGGCACCUGGACCGGGUGGACGCUGUGCUGGUGACCCACGCUGGCGCCGACAGCCUCCCGGGCCUCAACAGUCUGCUGCGGCGCAAGCUGGCGGAGCGUGACGAGGCGGCUGCUGGCGGGGGCUCCGGGGACGACCGGCUCCGCCGGCUGAUCUCCCCCAACCUGGGCGUCGUGUUUCUCAAUGCCCGCGCUGCUGCCUCUCGGCUGGUGCGUGGCGAGGAUGAGGCCGAACUGGCCCUGAGCCUCCUGAGCCAGCUGGGCAUCACCCCUGUGCCCCUGAACCGAGGGCCGCUGCCUGCCGAGCCCACCGUGCUCUUCCAGAAGAUGGGCGUGGGCCGGCUGGACAUGUAUGUGCUGCACCCGCCUUCAGCCGCCACCACUGACCACACCCUGGCCUCCGUGUGCGCCCUGCUGGUGUGGCACCCUGCGGGCCCCUCCGAGAAGGUGGUGCGUGUGCUAUUCCCUGGCUGCACGCCCCCCACCCGCCUCCUGGAUGGCCUGGUCCGCCUGCAGCACCUGGGGUUCCUGCGGGAGCCGGUGGUGACGCCCCAAGACCUGGCGGGGCCUCGGCGAGCUGAGAGCAAGGAGAGCGUGGCCUCCCGGGACAGCUUGAGGAGAGAGGGCCGCACGAUAGUGCCCUCCAGGCCCACCCAGGAGCGCCCAGGGGUGGCCCGGAAGGACUCCCCACGGACUGAGGCCCCUCGCAGGGCUGAGAAAGAAGCCAGGCCCUCCCGGGAGGUGAAGAAGGACCCCAGACCCAGUGCCCCUCGCGUCCAACCCCGGGAGGUGCGCCGGGCAGCCUCUGCAGUGGUUAGUGGCAAGAAUGUGGGUGCCCAGGUGGCUCCCAAGCCCCGCAGAGCACCCAACACACCCCGCCCAGGGGUCCCACCAGCUGAGAAUGGGCCCCGCAGCCCCACCAGCUUCCGGAGCGGAGAGGCCAGCCCCCCGACAGAGGCCUGCAGCUCCCCGGCCCCCCAGCUUGUGGCCACACCCAGCCAAGAGAGCAGCCUGGAUCUGGGGCUCAGCCCGGCAGGGGAGGAAGGCGGCAGCUUAGAGGAGAAAACCCUGGAGCUGCUGUUGGCCGCCAGCACCCCCCAGCCGUGUACACCCUCGCCCGCCGAGACCCAGCAGGGCCCAACAGAGAGCAGCGGGCCGCUGUCGCUGAGCCCCCUGCGGGGUGGGGAGCCCGGGCCGGAUGCCUCCCCCACAGUGACCACGCCCUCGCUGCCCGCGGAGGUGGGCUCCCCACACUCCACAGAGGUGGACGAGUCCCUGUCCGUCUCCUUUGAGCAGGUGCUCCCGCCACCAGCUGCAGCUGCGAGUGAAGCUGGGCUCAGCCUCCCGCUCUGUGGCCCUCGGGUGCGGCGCUCGGCCUCCCCGCACGACGUGGACCUGUGCCUGGUGUCGCCCUGUGAGUUCGAGCACCGCAAGGCCGUGCCCAUGGCGCCGGCCCCCGUGUCCCCCGGCAGCUCCAACGACAGCAGCGCCCGGUCGCAGGAGCGGGCGGGGGCUCCGGGAGGCGCCGAGGAGACACCACCCACAUCCGUCAGCGAGUCCCUGCCCACCCUGUCUGACUCGGACCCCCUCCCGGCUGCCCCUGGCACUGCCGACUCAGACGAGGACACGGAGGGCUUCGGGGUCCCCCGCCGUGACCCACUGCCUGACCCCCUCAAGAUCCCCCCACCGCUGCCCACCCCACCUAGUAUCUGCAUGGUGGACCCGGAGAUGCUGCCUCCCGAGCAGGCCCGGCUGAAAGGAGGCGGCAGCCGUACCCGGAAGCCCCUUACCCGCCCCAGCUCUGGCACUACUCCCCCCAAAGCCACUCCAGUGACUGCUACCAAAACCAAGGGGCUGGCCAGUGGGGACAGGGCCAGUCGGCCACUCAGCGCCCGCAGCGAGCCCAGUGAUAAAGGAAAUCGGGCAUCCCUGUCCAGAAAGCCCUCGGUCCCCAAGACAACCACUCGAGGUCCAUCUGGGUCAGCUGGCAGUCGGUCAGGAGGGUCAGCGGCCCCACCGGGCUCCCCUGUCUACCUUGACCUGGCCUACCUGCCCAGCGGGGGCAGUGCCCGCCUGGUGGAUGAGGAGUUCUUCCGGCGGGUGCGAGCGCUCUGCUACGUCAUCAGCGGCCAGGACCAGCACAAGGAAGAGGGCAUGCGGGCCGUCCUGGACGCGCUCCUGGCUGGCAAGCAGCAGUGGGAUCGGCAGCUCCAGGUGACCCUGAUCCCCACCUUCGAUUCGGUGGCGAUGCACGAGUGGUACGAGGAGACGCACACCCGGCACCAGGCGCUGGGCAUCACGGUGCUGGGCAGCAACAGCACCGUGUCUAUGCAGGACGAGGCCUUCCCCGCCUGCAAGGUGGAGUUCUAGCCCCCCCACCAGCACCCCCAGCACCCGCCACUGUCCCGGGACGCGCCUGCGUCAGAAAUAAACCGGGUGCGACUCAGCCGUGGCCUCAGUUCCUUCUGCCGGCAGGAGACUUGGCCGCGCUCCAGACGCCACUGCUGCCAAGGGUGGUCCCCAGUGUGGGGAGGGGCAGCUUCUGCGGAACUCCCAGCAGCCUCCAGGUCAGAUGUGCCCUGGCCCCCGUGUCACAGAUGGAAAACCCAGGCCCGGGGAGGCAGUGCCUCCCAGGCCAGUGGAGCUGGCUGCCGACAUCAGGCCUCCAGCCCAGCAACUGUGCCUGUGGGUCCCCCGGUUAUAGACAGGAAGGCAGCUGCCAAACCCCAGCUGCACAAACCAAGGUGAGAUCCGAGCCCUGACUCUGCUCCCGAUCCAUUACGAUAGAAGUCACCCUCUUUCCUAGAGAUGAUUGACACUCAUGGCAGGACAGUCUUAUACUCUACAGCAAGCUCUCAACUCAUUAUCGACCGGGAGGUUUUUGCAGACACUAAUGCCCGUGGCCAGCAUUUUUAUUUUGGCCGGCCAAAAUUUUCUUCUGUUGUUUCACUAAUACUGUGUGGGUUAUGACGUUCAGUAGUUACUCCUGACACACCUGUGAGGUCUUCUCCAGCAGCGGAGCUUCAUUUUCACUUCUGUGUCAGAGCCAGUCACUGAGGUCUCUCGUCUCUGCGCUGGCCUGACGUUCACAUCGUCUGAGUCGGAGCUGUUGUCUGAAGAGCUGCCACCUUUGGAGACACUACUGCGUAUUUCACUCGGGCAGAGCAGGCAUCUGCGCACAGCGCACUGACACGGUCUCCACUCAGAAUGUAGCAAUACAUCAUUUUUGAAAAAUUUAUGGUAACAAACUUGUGUUUAUAAAAUACACAAGGAAAAAAAAAAAUACACAAGGUUGGAACUAAUGGAGAAAAACGUGAAUGGUAACGACAAUCAUACAUUGUAUAAUGAACCCUUGACCAGUUUUAAGCUCGGACAACUUUGCCUGGUGUUGUUAAUUGUAUUACUGUCUAAAUAUUGAUACGUCUUUGGUCAAUAAUGUUCAGGUAACAAAAGAUGUAUUAAUAUGUCUUCAGUCAGCAGUGUGUUUAAAACGCAGUCUGAAACCUAAAAGCUACAAAACACCAAUCUCCCGAUGAACCCCCCUCCCUAAUCUCCCUGUUCUGCAUGUAUAGGAACACCUAGAUUUAAUUUUCAGUAAGAUGCCAUCUCACUGGAUUGGAUGGCGACCUAAAAAAAAUGUGAAAAGUGCUAACCCCUCAAUACCUACCCUCGUUUUCCUGUAAGGAGAGACCUCUUACUCUGGGGUCUGAAGAAGGGUUACUGUUUAUACCGUGUCACCCUGAUUUUUCAUCUUGUUGAGUACAGGUGCAGCCUCCUGUCCUCAUUUCAUUUCUUUCCAGGAACAUUUUCUUAUAUUUAUUUUUAAUUAGUUCAAUUUUUUUAUUUAGACGUUUGUCUUUUUCUCAUUUAGAUAUCAUAAUUCUUUUUUUUUUCUAAAUAGGGACAAUAAACUUGUUAAAGUUUUUAAUUGUGAAAAAUACAUAACAUAAAAUUUGCCAUUUUAACCACUAAUAAACUCUUGCAUUGUAAAAUUUUUUUCCCCA